AUGGCUAAGCUGGCUAACAAUCAUGAGAAAAUUAUAGGUUCAAGCGUUGUGCCGAACAACGUUUGUGGCACUCAGGUAGUUUUUCUGGGUUUUAACAGAUGUACUAUCAAAACAGAAACCAUGGCCCUACUGUAUCUAUAGUUUUCCAUAUUGACCGUGUCUAUAUGUUUUCUGACUUUUCUGAUCUUUAUUUCGUUCAUUUUCAGGCAAAAGAUCUUGAGAAGAUGGAUUUGGGAGGUACAAUGAAUCCAAAGUAAGUACAUAGUUCUUACUUUGACGGGCAGUAAUUUAGGAGCUUGGUUGGUCCAUGAAUAAAGUAAACGAGGUCAUCUGGCAAGAGUAUGGCGGGUAGGAUUAUUCAUAAUGAACCACAACGUUCUUCUACCCUAACUUACUCUUUUAGUUUUUGUAACUCCUCCUUGACAUGUGACUUGAGGGCUGCAAGGUUGAUAUAGCCGGGAACUGUAACUAAAACGGUCAGUGUGGGUAGAGGCGAUCACAGACAACAACCUGAAAAUUCUAAGCUGAACUUCCACAUUUCGACGGAAGAUGCUUCAAUGGCAAGCUCGAUAGAAUUUUGUACUAAUGACGUUUUACCUCCAUCUAGAGCGAAACCGAACGAUUUUGACUUCUUAAAGGUUAUUGGAAAAGGAAGCUUUGGGAAGGUAUUUAGCAACUAAAAUCUUUCGUUUCCUACUGUGGAAACUAUAUGUUGGCCCUUUCUGGAUCUCUGGCGAGAACUGGAGUUUUAGAACUAAUAAAGCUAUUCAGUAUUUGGGAGUGUAACUUAGAUAUUCUCCUGUCGUAUGGUCAGCUCUUACUGGGCCAAUAGCGAGAACAACAUAGAACUGAUAGAGUUCUUCUUAGUGUGUGUGGAACUUAGAUUUUCUCCUGCCAGUAAGGUCAGCAAGAGUGUAAUGUAGAUUUUCUCCUGUCAAUAAGGUCAGCUCUUACUGGGCCAAUAGCGAGAACAACAUAGAACUGAUAGAGUUCUUCUUAGUGUGAGUGGAACUUAGAUUUUCUCCUGCCAAUAAAGUCAGUAAGAGUUGUAACGUAGAUUUUCUCGUGUCAAUAAGGUAAGCUCUUACUGAGCCAAUAGCGAGAACAACAUAGAACUGAUAGAGUUCUUCUUAGUGUGAGUGGAACUUAGAUUUUCUCCUGCCAGUAAAGUCAGUAAGAGUUGUAACGUAGAUUUUCUCGUGUCAAUAAGGUAAGCUUUUACUGGGCCGAUAGCGAAAAAAACAUAGAACUGAUAGAGUUCUUCUUAGCGUGAGUGGAACUUAGAUUUUCUCCUGUCAAUAAGGUCAGUAAGAGUGUAACGUAGAUUUUCUCGUGUCAAUAAAGUUAUCUCUUACUGGGCCGAUAGCGAGAACAACAUAGAACUGAUAGAGUUCUUCUUAGUGUGAGUGGAACUUAGAUUUUCUCCUGCCAAUAAAGUCAGUAAGAGUUGUAAAGUAGAUUUCUCCUGUCAGUAAGGCCAGCUAUUACUGGGCCGAUAGCGAGAAUACCAUAGACAGAGAUCUUCACUGUGAAUAAAGUUAGUUUAGUGUAGGUUUCCUCCCGUAAUGACACUUGACCAAUAAGAGAAUUCUUACUGGAUUUCCAGGUUUUAGUUUAGUUCAGGUGUACUCGAUCUCUAUAUGGGAACAGUUUACAACUGAUUGAGCUAUCAUCCAGUUCGAUAGGCUUAGUCUAAUAUGAACAUGCAAAUUCUUUUCUGCUAAAAUUCUUAACAUUAUUAUUCAGGUGUUCUUAGCGAAACAUAAACAAGAAGACAAAGUUUACGCUGUGAAAGUUUUAACGAAGGCUGCAAUAAGAAAACGAAAUGAGGUAUGUAGAAAAUGUUAGUAUUGGUAGAUGGAUAAAAGAGAUUUGUUUAUUUGGUACCCUAACAAUCAUUUAAAAAUCUAUACACCGAUUAAGUAUAAUCUAUAUUUCUAAUCUAUAUUUCUAUAAUGCUAUAAAACAAUAAUAACCCCUCAUUAAGUUCGUUAAAAUUAAAAUUAAAAUUAAAAUUAAAAUUAAAUAUUUAAAAAGAUUAUAAAACAUAUGUUUUGAAACACAAUAUCUUUAAGGCAUUACGAAUUGGUGUCCUGCAACAAUAUGACAUCUUGUAUUCAGUAACGGAGCUCCGAAUGAAAGACGGCACUUGGCGCGAUUUUCGUCAUGAUAAGAGUCCCUUAUGAGAUUCGCGUCUGUACGGCAAAUCGCUAACUGUCAACAGCAAACUCCAAAUUGAUUUUGAGCAUAAGUUCCACACAAUUCAACGGCUAAGAAACUAAGUUAUUCCUCAAUUUCUUUACAUAAAUUGUUCUCACUUCCAACGGCUUACCGUUUUCCUCGACGCGAUUCAAAGUUUGCUGUUAGUCGUAAAUAAUUGCCUGUUGUUUCUCGAAAUUUAUGCCUGCAGAUCUUAUUUUUGGGGAGUUAGCCAAUCUUGAAAGCGAGUUUAGUCUACGCCAGCGCACUCAUUAGCUCCAGGAUUAAGACAACAUGAUUUUUGGAGUUGUUUAGUUAGGCAUGCAAUUUCACAUGAUUUUUAGAGUUGUUAUCGAGUAAAUCUCGGUUCAGACAGGUAGUUCCAAUGCUUUGGCAUGAGAUUUGGGCCGUUAGCCAGUAACUCUAAAUUUGGAAAAGUAGCUCGUGUAUUUUGUAGUUGGCCAACCAAGUUUUGGAGUUUGGAAUUAGUUGGCCCAUGGAGUGAGUGAGUGACACUACAUGAGCAAUAAGAGGGCUGUUUCCCAUGCUCGAAAUCACGACACAAAAUAUUUCCUCUUUACCACACAAACGUCAAGGGCAGUGGCGAAGCCACGAGGGGACGGGGGGGGGGGUGAGGAGUCUGCCCCCCCCCUCCCACACGCACUUUUAUUCAAUACCAAUUAGCCUUACAAGUAGUCCUUAGCAGAGGACCUCGUGGGUAUCUCUCGUCUUCCGCGCUUCGUGGACCCCCCACCCCUAUGCCAAAAACAUGAAUGUACAUGUCACUUUACCCCUCUCCUUAGGGUAUACGUGCGCGCUCUAGUCUGCUGUUUUCUGUGGUUGAAAAACAUCGUUAUCAUCUUACACGAGACACAAUAACCAUUAAAGACGUCAGAUACACCGUUGUUAUUGUACAUGCCAUUUGGCUGUGAAACGGUAGUUCGUUUUUUGCAAUAAACAAUGUGGUGUUCCCUGAACCUCUUGGGAGGGCAGUUUAGAGCAGAUAGAUAGAGCUAUCCAGUAUAAAGGAAUUUUUAAAGUUUUAACGUUCGUAAAUGCGUUCAUUUUUAUAAUGGAUGAACUGUAUGCAUUGAUUACGUCGUCAUCAUAUUUUUGUAACAUUAUUGUUGAUUGCCUUUUGUAAUAUUAUUGUUAUAUAACAGGAUGUGAAAAUAUUCGAAAAUAGAAAGACCAUAUCCGAAACUAGUUAUAAACUCUUCGUAAACAGUUUUGCUUAUGUCAUGGAAGAGCGAUUAAAAACAGCAUAA